AUGGCGUGGAGGGGGCGGCGCGGUGGUCGGGUGCCCGGGAGGCCCGCUGGGAGCCGCACGGCGCCCGGCCGCUUCGGCCCGGAGAAGGGCUCCUGUCAGGAGGGCGCCGCCACCGCCGCCGCCGCCAUCGCCAUCUUCCGGGGUUUGAAAAUGGCGGCCGCGAGGCGACCAGCCAAUCAGGGGACGGCGUGCGCUCACCUGGGCGGCUCCUCCUGUCAAUACCACUGGGCAGUGGGGCACCUGCAGAUCAACAUGAGGGAGUGCCUGUCUGUCCACAUUGGCCAAGCUGGCGUCCAGAUUGGGGAUGCCUGUUGGGAGCUCUACUGCCUAGAACACGGAAUCCAGCCAGAUGGCGCUGUUCUUGACGGCAGGCAGGAUCCGCAGGCACGUGCCAAAAUGGAGCCUAUGGGUGCAUCUUUCGAUUCCUUCUUUUGUGAGACCAGAGCUGGGAAGCACGUGCCCAGAGCACUCUUCAUGGACCUGGAGCCAACUGUUGUAGACGAGAUCCGUGCAGGCAGGUACCGCUCACUCUUCCACCCGGAGCAGCUCGUCAGUGGAAAGGAGGAUGCUGCAAAUAACUAUGCCCGUGGUCGCUACUCUGUGGGGCCAGAGAUCCUCGAUCUGGUGCUGGAGAGGCUCCGAAAGCUGGCGGAACAGUGCAGUGGUCUUCAGGGAUUUUUGAUUUUCCGAAGCUUUGGAGGAGGCACUGGAUCAGGAUUUACGUCUCUCUUAAUGGAGCAGCUCUCCAAAGACUACAGCACAAAGGCUAAACUGGAGUUCUCUGUCUACCCAGCCCCGCGGAUCUCCACGGCUAUAGUGGAGCCUUACAACACCAUCCUCACCACCCAUCCCACCAUAGAGCAUGCGGACUGUACCUUCCUGGUGGACAACGAGGCCAUCUAUGACAUAUGCCAUCGCAAACUUGACAUUGAACACCCCUCUUAUGCCAGCAUCAACAGGCUGCUGAGUCAGGCAGUAUCUUCCAUCACCACUUCCCUCCGGUUUGAGGGGGCCCUGAACGUGGACCUGAUUGAAUUCCAGACCAACCUUGUACCUUACCCUAGAAUACACUUCCCCAUGACCAGCUGCCCCAUCAUCUCUGCGGACAAUGCCCACCACGAGGAACCCUCUGUGUCAGACAUCACAGCUGCUUGCUUCGAGUCCUCCAACCAGCUGGUCAGGUGUGACUCUCGCCUGGGGAAGUAUGUGGCCUGCUGCCUGCUCUACAGAGGGGAUGUGGUCCCCAAGGAUGUGAACACGGCAAUUGCAGCCAUGAAGACAAGGAACACUGUCCAGUUUGUAGAUUGGUGUCCAACUGGAUUCAAGGUGGGCAUCAAUGGUCUUCCCCCCCGGGCAGUGCCGGGAGGGGACCUGGCCGAGGUCCAGCGGGCUGUCUGUAUGCUGAGCAACAGCACGGCGGUCGUGGAGGCCUGGGCCCGCCUGGGACACAAGUUCGACCUCAUGUACGCCAAGAAGGCGUUUCUGCACUGGUAUAUUAGGGAAGGCAUGGAGGAAGGCGAGUUUGUAGAAGCCAGGGAAGACUUGGCCGUCUUGGAGAAGGAUUACGAGGAAGUGGGGCGAAGUUUCUGA